AACGAACAAACUUACAUCAGCAAAUCGGUCCAAACUAUCCAUUCGUAUACGAGGGUGACUCUUUGAAUCCAUUUUGGUUCUGCCUUGCCAUGAAUACCCUACUCGUCAUGCUCAAUGAUGAGCCUUAAAUAAAUUACUUGAUAUAAGACAUCGAUUCUCCACUGAUAUACAUAUGGAGUUUGGACUGUCUAAAUGGAAAACCUUACACAUCGAGAAGGUAAGUGUCAUAAACGAAAAUGUGCAACUACCCAACGGAGAUAUCAUACAGGCAAUAGAAAACGGAAACCUACAAUUACCUAGGAAUUCAACAGGCUAGGUUAUUGGACCACAAGUAGCAAUAUUUAGCUGGAAAAUUCGCUAUUCAGUAUACUUAAAAUUUAUUGUCCUGGAUACUUACGUACAAUGUGAUAAAGUUGAAAAUAUUAAAAAUCGUUAACGAACGAAUGAACAUAAUAAUACUAUGUGUGGACGUUUAAUGUGUAGAGUAAUUUUGGGGCAACAGUGGAAUAAAAUUUGAAAAUCUCGGCAAUUAACUCCAUCACAUUGUACUUUAGUAUUUAUGUCAAAUUUUUUCAACUUUAUUCAAUAGCGACUUUUUUAGCUGCUUAUUAGAAAGUAAUAUUUUCCAUAAGAUCUACUUUCCUUUAAAUUCUUGCAACUGUAUAUUUCAAUAUAGUAACUUUUUCAACUUUAUCAACCACAUCUAUUAUUUGAAUAAUUUUUAAAGGCUAAUUUAGCGAAGAUUGACGCUAAAAAUUCAAUUUUCCUACACCCUAUUAUUAAAGUACCUUGUAUUUAAACGGUUUAUAGUACUUAAAGCAGUUGUUUAUGGUUGGAGAGAAAAAAGUGAAAAAACGUUGAAGUACUAUAACUUUAAUUUUAUUUCACAGUUUCCAUAAGCUACAGAGUUGAUUGAUGCAAAUGCUAAGAUGAAAAGAGAAGACUCCGAGUAUGAAAUAUGUACUCCUGAAGAAAUCAUACAAAAUGCAAAUGUGGCAACAUUAAAUUUAAUACAGGAAAAAUCCAUAGAAAACUAUCUGAAAGAAUAUAACACUUUUAUGGAGUGGCGGAACUUUACAGAACGCGUGAUAUCGCUUAUUCUGAAGAAAGAUCUAAAAAAUUCAUAUCUUCUAAACUAUGUUACAGCCAUUUUGAACUAAAAGUAAUAUCAAUUAUAAAUGAUAAUGUAGAAGUAAAUAUGGCAAGUUAAUAGUAUUUCUGAUACGAAAAUUGGUUGAGUACGAAUCUGAAAAAUCUAAUACAUUCUCCAAAAGAGAAAUAAACAAAGUUUUAUUGAAUGCUCCAGACGACAAAUAUUCAAUGUUAAAUGUAAAAAUUUCAAAAAGAUAAGUUGUAUGAAAUUAAAAUUGAUAGCAUUAAAAAUGAAGUUUUUACUCAUCACGAUUCAAAAACGCAAACAAGAGUAGGCUUUACAGUGAUAGGAUGGAGAAACCAGUUCAAACAUGCAUUUAAUACAUUUAUAUCAAAACUAUGCUAAUCUGAGAGCGAAAAAAGCACAUCAACCACUUCUUCUUAUCAAAUAGAAAUUCGAAGAUUCCAUCGUAAAUUGCGUAAUAUUUAAGUUUAUCGCAUCCAGAAGAAUAUACAGGUCAUACGUUUCAACAUUCUUAGGCAUCACUUCUAGUUGAUUCGGGAGGAGACAAUCUUCAAUUAAAACCACAUGGAGGAUGGGAAUCCAUUGCUGUUGCCGAGGUGUAUACAAGCAAUUCUCUCGACCCAAAAAUAAAUUGUUCAAGGAACUAAUAACAGCAGUUUUUCAAAUCUACAUCAUAUUAGAAUCAAGAGGCCAUUUUCAUUGUUAAAAAUAUUAACCACUUGAAUAAAGCUUUAUCUUGUAAUAAAACAUAUAUUAGCGUGACUGAAAGUAAAACAGAAAUAUUUCAUUUAGUUGUUAGUUUUUCUUAAUAUCGUUAUCUACAAUCAACUUUCAAUUCAAUCAUUAUGCGCUCGCUUUUAAUUGUAAUUUACCGUUGGAGCUUAAUUAAUAUAUCCCAAUAUAUCUAUUUGAAUUUCAUUUUUUUCUAUAAGGCUGGGUGUAGGAUCAUCUUUUUCCCUGAAAAAAGUGCUACCUUACGGACGCACUUGUUGCAUAAAUGACUAUUUUUAGUGUAUUCUAAAUAUUGUGUGUGUGUUUUAAUAGAUACAACUUCAUAGUUUUGUUGUUUCUUAUCGCCUCUUAUUUAGUAAUCUAAGAUCCCGAUAUAAAACGACCUUCACCGAGCUGGUUAAUGGAGCAAACAUAUUUUUUAUGUAAUUUAAUUUAUCAAAAAAUAUAUUGUAUAUGGGUUGCCUAGCAAAUUUCAGUCCAGGAUAUUUUUAAUUAAUUUUUCAAAAAAUUUUUUUCUAGAUAUUUCACCGGUUUGGUUAACAGAUAAAUUCUGAUAUACCAAUCGAAAGUAUGCACAGUAUACGUAAAAGUUAGGUUGCCCAGUUUUUUCCUGUCACAACUCCUGGGUUGUCAGGUAUGAAUAGGUAAAUCGAUACUAGUAAUUUGCACCGGUCUGGUUAAUGAAUGGAACUUAAAUAGAAAUAAAGUUUAUUUUAUUACGAACGCAGGGUUGCCUGCGAAAAAUCAGUCCUCAAUACCGGUUGCCGAAUUUUAACAGAUUAAAUUUGUGCUGCUGUUUAUUAUUGACAAAAAUGGCCAAAAAGUGUUUUUUGUCUGAUUCGGGUAAUGGUGUGUGUAAUGAUGAAGUUAUUAAAAACUGUUCAUUAAAGUUUUUCCGUAAAAGAAAAAAACUUUAAGUACAGUAUUGUUGAGCUAACCAAAAUUCACAUACUACAAAAAGUGACCAUUUUGAAAAAUAAAUUUAACGAAGAAUUAUAUAAUUUUUGUGCUGAAAAUACAGUAAGUACAUAACAAUUGAAUCUUAAAAAUUAUCUUUGCUAAUACCACUUGCCGAAUCAAUACUUACGACAAUAUGUUUUUUUAAAACGGGCUACAAAUUAGUACAUUCCGGUUUUGUUUUAGGUCAGAAAAUCUCAUUUUUUCGGACAUAGCCAAAAAAUUAUUGUGAUAGUCCGGUAAAAGCUUUUACCGGACUCAUUUUUAUUUACUUUCCGGCUUAUCUUUAAUGAAAAAAAUAAUGAAAUAGCUAGUCUAAGAUAGUGGUCAAUUGGUUUCUAUAGUAACCGAGUUUUGUAUUAAUUAAAACUAUAAAAUAACUUGACAUAAUUUGACGUUUAUUAUAAAAUGGAUGUUCAAAAUGAUGCAUUUGAUUGUAUUUAUGGUACAACAAUGCCCGUUUAAAAAAAAUAUUGUACUUAAUACGUCCCGAAAGUGGUUUUCUACUGGACUCGCAGAAUUGCAGGACUCACCUACGGCUCGCUCUGCAAUUAUUUGCCCACUCAUCCAGUAAAAGACCAUUUUAGGGACUUUUACGUAAACUACUAUAAACUGAAUUCGAUUAAAUUACAUAAAUUACCUAAAAAAUAUGUUCGAUCCAUUAACCAGCUCAGUGAAGGUCGUUUUAUAUUGGGAUUCUAUUCUAUAACUGUUACACUAUCAUGAUAUGACUGAUGAAAACCAGUUUAUUAUUAAUACGAAUACAGGUGCAAGCUCUAUUAAUAUCGUUUAAUUGAUCUGUCCCAGAUUUAAAUUUUUCUUAUAACUACCUAAUACCACAUAACUAUUUCAUUAUUUAGUAUGAACUAUCAUUACGCUAAUCAAUUAUGUCCUCCUAAGAGAUAACAAUUCAACGACCUCAUAAUGCAUAUAUUUCCACCUGUCAAAGCAAGCAAACCUCAAUUAUGGCUUUUUAUUAGUUGUACAGCAUAAAAACUUAACAAGAAGGACGUUCAAUUCAGUGAGAUACGAACCAGUGAAUCUGUAAGAUCCAACUAAUUGAUAAUCACGUUUAAUAAAUAUAUAAAAAAGUGAAACUGGUUCCGUGACUUAGUCGGUUGCAAUAUCAGUAAACAAGGUGUGAAAUAUAUGUGAGGUGCUCAGUUAUAUAAAAAUUGAUUUUCAGAUUGUGAUUUUGUAGGAAAAAUAGAAAAUGUUAAAUACGAUAUAUUAAAUUUCUUCACAAUAACAACUUUCUCUCAAAAUUGCCUGUUAAUAAUUUUAUUUUUUCAAAUUUAUAAUAUCUCCAAAGCGUAAAUAGCUUCUAAUCUUUCCAAUUGAUCACAAUCUUCAAAUCAAUGUUUACCAUUUAUAAAAAAUAAAUGAUUUGUUUUAUUCUUUAAAAAUAAAGAAUUGUGAAGAAAUUCAAGAUGGUUUACACAAUAUCUGACAAUGUGGAGAGCAUUAGAAUAAAACAAGUUAUGGACAGUAAAUUUAGGAAAAUCAAAACAGCGGAAAAUGAAGAACCGUUCGAUGAAUUUGAAGCGAGAAGAAUAUGGAAAAACGUGUUACUAAUCGGAUUUGCGUUCAUGAUUCACUUCACAGCGUUCUGGGGUGCUUCCAAUUUACAAAGCUCUGUAAAUUCAGAAGCAGCUUUAGGGACAUUCACUUUGGCUAGUAUAUAUGGUUCCCUUUUGUUGUCAAAUAUCUUAUUACCUGCAUUGGUUAUGAAGUGGCUUGGAUCCAAAUGGACAAUCGCAUUAUCCUUUAUAGUCUAUAUGCCGUUCAUUUUAUCCCAAUUUUAUCCAAAAUUCUAUACAUUAAUACCUGCAGGACUGGCAGUUGGCUUAGGAGGAGGACCUCUGUGGUGUGCAAAAUGCACUUAUUUGACUAUAGUGUCAGAAGCAUAUGCUAAAAUUGCUGGAGUCAGUUCAGAAACUGUGGUGACAAGAUUUUUUGGAAUUUUUUUCAUGUUUUAUUCUUUUUCACAGGUUUGGGGAAAUUUGAUAAGUUCUGCUGUUCUAUCGUCUGGAGAGAUAGCUAUUUCUAAUAAAACCACGUCAUUUUUCAUUAAUAGCUCAGAAUCUACAAAAAUUAGAGGAGUUACAAACAAAUGUGGUGCUAACUUUUGUCCUGGAGUUAUAACUUCUGACUCCGUACCCAAUUUAGUACCACCUCCAUCAUACAAAAUCAACAUGAUUGCUUCUAUUUAUUUCUUGUGUAUGGUAGCUGCAGUACUUAUAGUUAGUGUUGGUGUAGACAAAAUGUCCAGGUAUCGGAAAGGAAGAAAAGUCAUUGGGACAACAACGGGCUGGAGACUUCUUGUUGUAACUUUAAAACACUCAACUCAACCUUUACAAAUGUUAAUUCUACCCAUUAUAAUGUUUAUAGGAGCAGAACAAGCUUUCUUAGCUGCAGAAUAUACUUCGGCCUACGUUGGUUGUGGAUGGGGCAUAAGUAACAUCGGCUUCGUAAUGAUAUGUUUCGGCACUUGUAAUGGUAUUGCAUCUAUUUUAUGCGGCAGUUUGGUAAAAAUAACAGGAAGAGCAUCUCUUAUUUGUGUCGCUUUUAUUCUACACGUAGCAUUGUUGAUAACUUUAUUGUGGUGGACACCAGGACCUUAUAAUAGCUGGAUAUUUUUCGUAGUUUCUGCUCUGUGGGGGGUAUGUGAUGCCUUAUGGUUGGUACAAAUCAAUUCUUACAGUGGAAUUCUCUUUCCUGGCAAAGAAGAAGCUGCAUUCAGCAACUUUCGAUUAUGGGAAUCAACAGGAUCUGUUAUUACAUACAUUCUGAGUCCAUAUUUAUGCAUCAAUAUCAAGAUAUAUCUGCUAAUUCUCCUACUUGUUUUUGGUGUAGCUGGAUACACAGCUGUCGAAUAUGUACACAGAAAACAUAUGAAAGAAAUAGAUGAAGACGUUAAAAAAGAAAAAUUUGAAUUAGUUAGUGAUGUAAAAUCUGGUGAAGUUGCCGAUUGAUGUGAUUCGUAAUAGCAGAAAAUAUAUUAUCAAAACUGAAGCUUCCAAAGCAAGAACAAUAAUGUUUUGACAGUUGAAAGUAUAUUUUUAAUCAAUGUGGAUAAAUUGCAUACGUUAUUAAGACCGAGCCAUGUUGUGAAACGUUUGAAAUCUUCUGGAGUAAAUAGAAAUUUAUGUAUUAUAAUAAUGGAAUCGUAUAAUUAUAUUGUAAAUAACAUAAACUCGCUACAAUGAGCUCUAAUCAACAAUAAUGACAAACAUAUAUAACCAGAAUUAACAAUGCCCUAAAAUUAUAUUAUUCACUUUUGCGUCAUUUUGCAAACUUGAUUUCUAUUUAUUUAUCAUUUGAAUUAAUUAUUUGUGUAUAACUGAAUUGAAUCAGUUGUUGUCAUAGCCCACACGGGGAACAAUGUUUUAAAGGCAGUUGAAAGUAUAUUUUUAAUCAAUGUGGAUAAAUUGUUUCACAAAUAAAUGUUAUUUUUCUUUUACAUGCUAUUCUGAUAAUAAAGAUAAA